AUGGCGGGCAAUCAGGAUGAGUCCGACAAGAUCGAACCCUCCCACCCGACCAAGAUCUCCUACUGGCGCAUGGUCAUGGACCAGGGCGCCGUGACGCAGGAGAUCAUCGACUUCCCAUAUUCCGGCUCAGGGACGGACGACGACCCGUACGCCGUAUCAUGGAUCCCCAAUGACCCUCGCAACCCCAUGAACUUCAGCGACGUCAAGAAAUGGUCCAUCACCAUGCUCGUGGCUAUCGCCACCCUGGCCGUCGCCCUCGUUUCCUCGGCUUACACUGGUGGCGUGGAAGAGAUCAUGGAACAAUUUCACAUUGGCGAAGAGGUUGCGACGCUGGGUGUGUCGCUCUUCGUCUUGGGUUUCGCGAUCGGUCCGUUGGCGUGGGCGCCGCUGAGCGAACUGUUUGGCCGUCAAGUUCUCUUCAUCCUGACCUACGCCGUCCUGACUGCCUUCAACGCGGGCAGUGCCGGAGCCCAAAAUAUUUGGACGCUGAUCAUCCUCCGUUUCUUCGCCGGUUCCUUUGGCUCUUCGCCUCUGACGAAUGCGGGCGGUGUCAUCGCAGACAUGUUCCACGCCAAGCAGCGAGGGAUCGCCAUGAGUCUCUUCGCCGCAGCGCCCUUCCUAGGCCCCGUUCUGGGCCCUAUCAUCGGCGGAUUCCUGGGCAUGAACGGCGGUUGGAGAUGGGUCAUGGGCUUCCUGGCCGCCUUCUCGGGUGCAGUCUGGAUCAUCGGAACGCUGCUUAUCCCAGAGACCUAUGCGCCGGUCCUGCUGCGCCGCCGGGCUGAGAGACUGUCCAAGAUUUCGGGCAAGGUAUAUCGGAGUAAGCCUGACAUCGAGCAGGGCAAGGUUUCGCUCAAGGAAGCUUUCAAACUUGCCCUGUCUCGCCCGUGGAUUCUUCUCUUCCGCGAGCCGAUCGUUUUCCUGCUGUCUUUGUACAUGGCUAUCGUUUAUGGGACUUUGUACAUGAUGUUUGCUGCUUUCCCCAUUGUCUAUCAAGUGGACCGCGGCUGGAACCAGGGCAUAGGCGGGUUGUCGUUUUUGGGAAUCAUGGUCGGCAUGCUGAUUGCAGUGGUCUACACCCUUUUCGACAAUAAGAGAUACAUCCGCGUGCAAGACAAACAUAAUGGCUUCGCACCCCCCGAGGCCCGUCUACCGCCUUGCUUGAUCGCCUCCAUCGCGAUCCCCAUCGGGUUGUUCUGGUUCGCAUGGACCAACUACCCCUCGAUCCAUUUCAUGGUUAGCAUUGCAGCCGGCGUGCCCUUCGGCUUUGGCAUGGUGUUGGUCUUCCUGAGCAUCAUGAACUACCUCAUCGAUGCCUACACCAUCUUUGCGGCCUCUGUUCUCGCCGCCAACUCCGUCCUGCGUUCGUGCUUCGGUGCCGCAUUCCCGCUCUUCACCAGCUACAUGUACAACAACCUGGGGAUCCACUGGGCCUCGUCAAUCCCCGCCUUCCUGGCGCUCGCCUGCGUGCCCUUCCCUUUCCUGUUCUACAAGUACGGUACCUCUAUUCGCAAGCGCUGCAAGUUCGCUGCCCAGUCGGACGCCUUCAUGCGCAAGAUCCAGGAACAGGCGGAGGUUGUUCCUGAGUCGGAGGAUGAGAAGGAGCCCGAGUACGAUCUCACCGAGGCACCCUCUCCGCAUGCGUCCGUGUCCGAUGGUGCGAGCGAGUCCGAUUCGAAUAUCGACGAGCUGCCGUCCACGCAGCGCAUUCGCAGCAACGCCCAUUCGGUUUCUUCUGCUCGCACCGCCCGAUCAUUGCAUCGCGUGCCCACUUACGACGGUAACCCUUACGAUAUUGACCGAGUCAAUACCCGCGAGUCCUUCAAAUAG